CCAGGAAUAAAAUUAUUUAUAUUAUAUACAUACAAUGUAAUGUAUACAUAUGUAAUAUAGAUACAUACGGACACACCAACUUGACUGAUUGUGAAACAACAAUAAGUUAAUAUACGCUUCUACAUUUGUAUGCAGAAGCUGGCCUUGUGAGUCUAGCGAGAACGAUACGCGGGGAUGCCCCACGUUCAAGAAAAAAAAAACUUCGCAAAAACCACAUUCAUUUACCGCACAGCAAAAAGCCGCUAGCAGGCAUCGGUUUCUGAUUACAGAUAUAGAGAGAAACAAUGCAAAUUGCGAGACUUCUGUGUGCCGUUAUUGGGAUAGCGGUUUUCUAUGAACUGAUAUACGAGAUCUCGGCAGCUGAUGAAUUUUCCUAUGUAGGUGCAGUGGCGGAAUAUCAUCCGGUCCUCACUGGAGAUAAUGGAACAGAGAUCGCGAACGAGAAUGCUAAGAAUUUCAUUACGAUGAUGGCGAAGGCUGCGGAGCACAACGCAGACAUCAUCGUUUUUCCAGAAAAUGGAUUGACGGUGGGUUUUACUUAUUCCAAAGAGAACAGAACGAUGUAUCCUUCUUUCAGUACCUUCUUGCCCGAUGACAACGCUCACGUACCCUGUAAAAACUCCGAAACCGUCGUCAUCGAGGCUCUGCAGUCGCUAUCAUGCGCAGCUCAAAACUACUCGAUGUACGUGGUGAUUAAUCUUAUGGAAAUGAAAAAAUGUAACGCCUCCGAAACCGAAUCUCAUGGUUGUCCGAGCGACGGCUUAUUCUUCUACAACACAAACGUGGUGCUUGAUCGAAACGGCACAAUUAUAUCUCGGUACAGAAAGUUCAAUCUCUUCGCGGAGCCUGGUGUCGACGUAACUUCAACGGCCGACGUCGCUUCUUUCACGACGGACUUCGAUGUCACCUUUGGCCACUUCAUCUGCUUCGACAUCCUUUUCAAAGAACCAGCUCUGACAUUGGUCAAGGACUACAACAUCACUGACAUUGUUUACCCAACGCAUUGGUUUUCCGAAAUGCCCUACCUGACCACCCUGCAGGUACAGGCCUCCUGGUCCUACGCAAACGACGUUAACUUCUUAGCGUCGAGUUUCAACAAUCCGUCAAGUGGUAGCGGAGGUAGCGGUAUAUACGCCGGGAAAGAUGGACAUCUGAUAACGUACUGGCCGGAAUACUCAUCGAAUGCACUUCUGGUAGCAACCGUACCGAAACUUAUCAACGGGGAACGAAACGUAUCGUUGGUCUCAUCGACUUCGGCACUCUAUUACGCGUUUAACGACUCAGAAAUUUCAACUCUCGUCGGACUCGAGGUGAUUCCUCAGCGGCUUUUCGCCCAGGAAAACCUCACUCUCUUCACCACCAGCGAAUUAGAUUUCGUUAACGGUACGACAGAGAUAUCCAAGGAAGUCUGUAAUCGAGAAUUCUGCUGCUCGUUCCACGUUAACAGCAAUUUCGCCAACGAAAGCGUCACGGAGACCUCCAAAUACUACAAAUAUCGCAUCGCCGUUUUCAAUGGGAUCAGACUGUAUCCCGGUAUCGGUACCGGUGGAAUUCAGGUCUGCAGCAUCAUAUCUUGCACCGAUGCUACCCUCGAAAGCUGCGGCACUAGGUUCGCCGUAACUGACGAUGUAGUAACAGCCACAGUCUUCCACAGCAUUGUGAUAUCCGGAAAUUUUUCUACCGAUGCUGACAUGGCGCAAAUGCCAAGUUCGUUGACAACGGACAUUCUGCCUCUCAACCCCAGCGAUUUUUCGUACUCGGCAGUUGAUUACGAAAACUCAAUCGAUCGGAGUAUCGUCUACAACUUGACUUCGGGUACAAGAAACCUGCUCAACUUCGCGAUAUUCGGGAGGAAUUUUUCUGGCGAUUGGAAAGAAGCUACGAUCGCUGAAAUAUCCACGGAAGCACCAACGGGGUCAUGGUCUACAGUGGCUCGUGUACCGAAUCUUGCGAUUGUAAUCGCUAAUAUUUUUUUGGUGGCAAUCAGGCCAUAAUCAAUGAUGGGUAAAUAAUAAUUCAAAGUAACAUCAA